AGCUCUCUCGACUUCUCGAAUGGUCUCGACCAUCUUCGCUAAACCCUUCCUUGGUCGCCGCCGCGCCGCAAAGCCUCCGUCCGUUCCGCACCGCCGCUCUCUUCCCCGCCACCGUCGGUCGCUGGCUGAGUAUGGCGGCGGCCGCUGCUCGCGCCGGGUUCCGGCGGAUGUUCUCCGUCUCGGGCUUCACGCCGCCGCCUCCCCCCGCCGCCCGCCCCUUGGCGGACCCCUGCAACAACCUCUUCGUCUCAGGGUUGAAUAAACGCACGACAUCUGACGGACUUAGGGAAGCCUUCUCGAAAUUCGGUCAGGUUAUUGAAGCUAGAGUAAUCACUGAUAGAAUAUCUGGAUACUCUCGAGGAUUUGGCUUUGUCAAAUAUGCAACUGUUGAAGAAGCCGGUGAGGGCAUAAAAGGCAUGGAUGGAAAGUUCCUCGAUGGUUGGGUGAUAUUUGCCGAGUACGCCAAGCAGAGAGAAGCACAGCAGCCGGCCCAACCAGCAGCAUCAACUAGUUACCAAUACUCCAACCAAUGAUAGUUGUCUCUACGAUCAGGAUUACCUUCUAUUGGACAAUAUUGUUCGCUAUUUUACCAUGUGAAAACUGAAAAUCACUCUCCUUGAUAUUUCGUCAGGGAGAAAUUUUAGUGUGCACGGCAUGAACAUCUCCUUAGUAACUUACGGUGCCGUUUUGUCUGCUACUGUCUGCUGGGUGACUGUACUCUGUGAGCUUAUGUAACUAUACAACUGCCUUCAUUUUUGAGACUACAGUAUUUUAUGAGCUGCAACUUUAACGA